UGUUUGAGGUUGGACCGUAGGGAGACAGCAGAGAAGCGCACUGACUCCAUACGCGCAAGUGGAUGAAAGGAGCUUCAUGCAAUGGAGAAACUGAGCCGCAGUGCAGAGAUUGGCACUCUUUAAACCCAGGAACAAGUGAAGAGACCUUUGUAUGUGGCAAGGGGGAAUGAGGAGUAGGAUAAAGAGUUUUAAUGAAGAGUUGAGCUUGUUUUCCACAAUGGCACGGAUUUGCUCUCAUGCAAAUGCGCACUUUGCAAAGAUGACAUAGCACUUGAGAAAAUGGGAUUCCUCCAGGAACAGAACUCACUCACGACCUGAAUGAAAAGUGAACAGGGAUUUUACUUUAAUCGGAACUCAGUUUUGGAGUUUUUCUGCUCCUUGUCUUGACAAGCCUCGGUUGUGAGUGAACGCAGAGUGAAAUAUGAAUCUGGGCAAAGCACUUCUCUUUUUCCUCCUCUCAAAUUGUGUGACAAUGACUUUGUCGCUAUCCACUUGCACCACUGUGGACAUUGACCACAUAAAGAAAAAGAGAGUGGAGGCGGUCCGGGGACAAAUUCUCAGUAAACUGCGACUGACCAGUCCGCCUCAAACAACAGGUCCAAGUCAAGUACCGUUUCAGGUUUUGGCCCUUUAUAACAGCACCAAGGAGCUCAUUGAGGAGCUGGGACGAGAUAGGCAGCAGAGUUGUGGACAGGAUAACACGGAGACUGAGUAUUAUGCCAAAGAGAUUUACAAGUUCAACAUGAUCAAUGGUCCACCAGAAAACAAUGACCUCACCUAUUGCCCCAAGGGUAUCACCUCAAAGGUAUUCCGCUUCAACGUCUCAGCCAUGGAGAAGAACUCCACCAACUUGUUCCGGGCCGAGUUUCGAGCUUUGCGGAUCCCCAACCCCGGUGCCAAGAAAAACGAGCAGAGGAUUGAGCUCUACCAGAUCCUCCAGAAAGACGACCCCAAAGCAAAACAGCGCUACAUUGGGGGUAAGAACGUCCUGACCAAGGGAACGCCUGAGUGGGUCUCCUUCGAUGUUACAGAGACAGUGAGGGAGUGGCUGAUGUACCGACAGACCAAUCUUGGCCUGGAGAUCAGCGUCCACUGUCCCUGCCACACUUUCAGGCCCAAUGGCGACAUUAUAGAGAAUGCCAAUGAGGUACUAGAGGUCAAGUUCAAAGGUAUGGAAGCAGACUACGAUGAUAAGAAAAAACAGAAGGAGCAGCUCUACCCCCACCUCAUCCUCAUGAUGCUCCCUCCCCACAGACUGGAUGCCCAGUCCACCUCCCGCAGGCGCAAGCGGGCCCUUGACACCAAUUAUUGCUUCAACAAUUAUGAGGAGAACUGCUGUGUGCGACCACUAUAUAUUAAUUUCCGCCAGGACUUAGGCUGGAGGUGGAUCCAUCAACCUGAAGGAUACUACGCUAACUUCUGCUCUGGUCCCUGUCCUUACCUUCGCAGUGCAGACACCACCCACAGUUCGCUGCUGAGCCUGUACAACACUUUGAACCCGGAGGCCUCUGCCUCACCCUGCUGUGUUCCUCAGGACUUAGAGCCCCUCACCAUCCUCUACUAUGUGGGUCGCUCCCCUAAAGUUGAGCAGCUCUCCAACAUGGUCGUCAAGUCCUGCAAGUGCAGCUAAAUGGCCUCGGAGCCCAGCGAGACAUGGGAUGUGACAGCUCCCAGCACUACUCAGGAGCGGGUAUAAAGGGGUCGGGUUAGUUGCCCGUACAUCAGCAUUGCCCGAACUCUCUAGAAAAGAAAGACGCAGCCCAACACUCUGCUCACAAUCGUCGGCAGCAUUUACCUACAAGACUCAUCAAUCACCACUUCACUAACAACGCUCUCAGACCUCUUGUUGAUCUUCAGCAAUCGCCUUUUGACGUUAGUAUUUGAUGUUCAUUUCCUACUCCAGCAUUUCGAACAACCUGUCCCUCGGUGUUACAUGACAUCAAUAUUAAAAGCUCAUUUUCAACAAAAGAGGAACAAAACAAAAAUGUCUGGUGAUGACGGCUGGAUUUUCAAGGACACACAAACAACUGCAGUCUGAAAGAGAUAACGAUACAGACUGAACUCAGCAUGAUUUGAGGGUAAUACAAGAGUGACUGUUUGCUCAAAGCAAACACUUUCCUCAGCCGUUAAAUGCUUGGCCCUGACACACAGGACCCGUUUGAAUGUCCAAGCUGGAAAUGAACGCUGUGCUGCCACAGCUCCCAACACUGUUCAUUGAAGAUUCAAUGCUGUUAGAUAAAAAUGUUAGGAAAAUAAAACAUGCUGGAAACCAACCUUUAUUCAAAGUAGUAUUUCGAUGGUUAUGUUUACCUCUGUAAUGCAACAGGAUGGUGAUUCCAGGGAUUAUUUUGUUUAAAGUGAAGCCUUCCGUUGUAUCAACAUUGUAUGUCACUAAGUGAACACUUAACUAGAUCACGAACUGUAAAUGUUUUUAUUAUUACUCUUGGAAACACUUUUUUAAUUAAAAAAUGGACAGUUGGAUAGUA